CAGCAGGAGUCGUGGAGACUAAAUCCGAGGUGUCAGCGAACUGGCCUUGUAUUGGUGCGAUAUCAACAACUGACGCACUGACGGAGUAGAAGUGUUUUGUUGCCGCUCUCCGUUGCACGUUUGCCUGUAGAAAAAGGAAUAUCGUUUCCUAACGUUGUGAGAAAUGGCCGCUGGAGCAGUUGGAACCACUCUGACACUGGCAAAUAGCCACAAAGUUCCUGCACUGGGAUUUGGCACAUGGCUGGUGGACGCUGAUGUUGUAGGCAAAGCGCUGUUGGAGGCCGCAGAAGUUGGAUACAGGCAUUUCGACUGUGCGGAGCGCUACCAAAACCAGAGGGCGAUUGGAAAAGCAUUCCAGCAGCUCUGGGAAAAGGGCUACAAGCGUGAGGACUUCUUCAUUACCAGCAAGCUCUGGUGCACGCGCCAUGACAAGGCAGAGGAGUCCUGUUGCCGCACACUGGCCGAUCUUCAACUCGAGUACCUGGAUCUCUACCUUGUACACUUUCCUGAAGCUUUCCCAGCGGAAACCAGCGAAGAGGUGAUGGCGGUUAACUGUAUGAUUUUUGAUGAGACAGGUGGCGACUCGCCGUACGCCCAAGUCACCGUAAAGGAAACCUGGGCCGGUAUGGAGACGGUGGUCGACAAAGGUCUUGCCCGCUCCAUUGGCAUCAGCAACUUUGCUGUGUCCGAGAUCCAGGACCUGCUCACGUAUGCACGGAUUCGACCCGCUGUCAACCAGGUUGAACUACAUCCGUACAAUUCCAGCCCUGCUCUGGUCGAGUACUGUGCUAAGGAGAGCAUUGUGGUUACCGGGUACACAUCACUCGCUAACCCAUACUUCCUCAAUGAAGUUGACCCCGACAAUCCUCGCCGAGCCGGAGUCAAACUGGAACCAUUGAUGCAAAAUGAGAAGGUCCUAUCCAUUGGCAAGAGCCACGGCAAGACUGCUGCACAGGUUCUGCUGCGCUGGGGUGUGCAGCGUGGCUGUUCAGUGCUGAUCCGCUCGCUGCGACGUGAGAGACUUCAAGAGAACGCUGGCAUCUUCGAUUUCGAACUGACCUCAUCUGAAAUGGAGACCCUGUCUUCUCUAAACCGGGACUUCAAGCUCGUCAAUCCACCGUGGAGGAGGUGGCCAAAAGAAGCAUAGACAGUCAACAGUUGGAGCAGGAGGCGUUUUUUUCAAUUUCAAAGUCUAUUCAGAGUAGUGUAUUCUUAAAUAUUAUCAUUGCAAACCUUUCGUAUCGGUUUCUCCUCUCCUCUAACGCCCACCAGGUAUAAACCUUCCACUGAUGCUGCUGUUGAUGCCCUGGUGGCGGUAGUAGGCCAUAGUGAUCCGUGUUUUCAAAGUAAUUUUUCAAGUCAAAAGUAUGCUAUCGCA